AUGAAGCAGGGAGGGUCCUUGGAGGAAACUGAAGACAGCCUGGAUGGCAGGAACCCAGAGAAGAAGCAAAAGAAAUCCAUCCGGAGCAGGUGGGGUCAGAAGGAGCCAGAAGGAGCCAGGGCAGGCAGGUACCUGUCGGCCAAAGGAGGGUCAGUGGGAACCACUGCCAAGACGGGUGCAUACAAGUACAUCCACGAGCUGUGGAGGAAGAAGCAGUCUGAUGUCAUGAGCUUUCUUCUGAGGGUCCGCUGCUGGCAGUACCGCCAGCUCUCUGCUCUCCACAGGGCUCCCCGCCCCACCCGGCCCGAUAAAGUGCACCAACUGGGCUACAAGAUCAAGCAAGGUUAUGUUAUAUACGGGAUUCGUAUUCUCCGUGACGGCCGAAAAUGCUCAGUUCCUAAGGGUGCAACUUACGGCAAGCCUGUCCAUCAUGGUAUUAACUGAAGCCUACAGUUGAUUGCAGAGGAGUGAGUUGGAUGCCACUGUGGGGCUCUAAGAGUCCUGAAUUCUUACUGGAUGGGUGAAGAUUCCACACACAAAUUUUUUGAGGUUAUCCUCAUUGAUCCAUUCCAUAAAGCUAUCGGAAGAAAUCCUGACACCCAGUGGAUCACCAAACCAGUCCACAAGCACAAGGAGAUGCGUGGGCUGGCAUGUGCAGGCCAAAAGAGCCAUGGCCUUGGAAAGGGCCGUAAGUUCCACCACACUAUUGGUGGUUCUUGCCGGGCAGCUUGGAGAAGGCGCAAUACUCUCAAUCUCCACUGUUACCACUAAUAUAAGUAAAGUUUGUAAAACUCAUACCUAAUAAAC